AACGUGGAUUAACAUCACAACAUAGCACAGUCAAGGUCUCACGGCCACUGGUGGGCGGUUGUCGGCCCAGACCGAGCAGUGUUACUUGCCGAACGAACAAUUGCUCCGGUCAGUCAGAGGAUGAGCAAAUACUGCCCGCGCAGGGGCUGCUAGAGUAAAUAUAAACGUGAUGGAGUAGGCUGCUUGAGUUCGCCAUGUGGAGACGGUCAAAGCUGGCGGCCGUGGCGUGCCUGGUGUGCCUGUGUGUGAGCCUGCACGUUGCCGUCCACGCCAAGCACCGGAAGAGCAGCGACGAAGGCAAGAACCGCCAGCAGGAAGAGCAGGCUGCUAACGAGGCCCAGGAGUGCGUGCCCCUGGACUUGGAGGCGCUGGAGGAUUAUUCCUACUGCAAGCUUUACGAGCUGGUGUGCGCACACCAGGACACGCUGGUCACACACGACUACCGGUACUCCUUCGCAAAUCCCAAGCGUGAGCUGGUCCCUGAGCUGCCCUACGUGGACAUCUGGAACUUCCCCGCGGCCCUGGAGGCCAACACAGACGCGCUGAGGGGGCGGCAGCCCAAAUACCACCUGCAGUUCAGGGCGGCGAGUGCGCAUGAGCCCACCGCAGCUCUACGCAACCCCUCCUUCUCCAACUGCACGCUGCCUGUGCUGCUGGCGCCCGAGUUCCCCUUCAACAUGGGCGAGUUCUUCGCCCGGGCCGUGUCCGCGGUGCACGGCCUGGCGCUGGACCCGCGUGUAACGCUGGUGCUGCUGACGCCUCAAAGCCUGGGCCUGGCGCCCUUCCAUUCCCUGCUGAUGCAGCCCUACAGCAAGUACCCGCUCAUCACCUCGGCGGACCUGGGAGCCCGCGGCUGCCCCGUGGGUCAGGAAAGGGGUGGGCGGCGGCGUGUCGACAACGAGGAAGAGGACACGGACUGGCAGGACGUCGAGGCGGGCGAGGCGGAUACGGUGCCGGCGGAGCAGGCUGUGGCCUGGUCGCCUGACGAGUCCCAACCGCACUGCUUCAAGCGGCUAUUGUACUGCAAGUGGGAUAUGCAGGCGCGUGUGGGCGUCCCCCUGGCUGAGGUGGCGGCGCGGGUGGUGGAAGCCAUGCAGGCGGCCCAGCAGCUGCCGGCGCCGUCCCUGGUCUACAACGGCCGUGAGGUGACGGAUGAGGAGCCCAACGACCCCGAUCAUGAUCCGCGCGACCCCGUGCAGCUGCGGGUGCUGAUUGAGAGCCGACACGGCCCAGUGCGUAACAUCAAGAACAUGCAGGACUUGCUGGAGGCCUGUGAGGAGGCCGACAAGCGGGGGUUUUCCGCCGGCGGCUUCGAGGGCAUCGCCUGCGCUGCCACGUCCUUCUCCGACGCCUCCACCGGGCGGGUCAGCCGCUCGCGCUUCCUGACCAACGUGGCCGCAGUGCGCACCGCCCACGUGCUGGUGGUGGUGCACGGCGCCGGAGCCUCCAACAGCUGGUGGCUGAGACAGGGCUCCUCUGCACUGGUAGAGCUGCGACCGUGUCAAUUUGGCACGAAAUACGGCAGCUGGCCUGACAAGUACCUGCCGCCCCAGCACCAGAAGUCACACGACAGGAUCCGCUUCUUCGCACUCAACGUGGAGGACCCCGAGCAGUGCCAGAACGGUGACAUCGAAGAGGGGCUGUUCAACAAGACCAUAGCCAAGGGCUCCCUCACCUGGGACCACUCAUACUUCGCACGGGAUAAGCACCUGCGCCUUAAGCCGGGCCCCUUCCUGGGCUUCCUCAAGCACGUGGCCGAGCUGCUGACGCCUUACGAUACCGAGGCCUACGCAGCUGCUCGUGAGGCGGACCGGCUGCACGGCUACCUGCUGCCUGGCGGGGGGCUGGUGUUGGGCAAGCUGGGAGUGAAGAACGCCACAGAGUGGGCGGAGGACGAGGGAGCCGAGGUGACCGUUUACAAUGACUGGGGAGGGCCCAGGUACUGAGUGACGUGAAUCCAUGAUGCCGCAUUGCACAUACUAUACGAGGACAUGCAGGAGCGGCUGGUCUGGCGGUUUAAUGGCGUCACAUAAAAUGGCACAAGCCGAUGACUUGGGCACGGUGCUUUCGAAAUGGUGGGAGA